CAGCGCUGACACAGUCCUUCCUACUUAGUUUGCAUCCGAUGGUCUCGGUGAGACUUCUCAUUCCGGUACAGGGAUGAGACAACCUAUAAUAGCCCCCGUGUUCCGUCUGGCAGAGGGAGUAUUUCCAUUCUGCCAAUGACGACGCCAUCUCGAAGCAUGGGCUCUGAGCCCGCGCUCAGACUAGUAUCCCAAGAGAUUGAUGACCUCGUGAUUGAGGACGACUCGCUUGACCAAGAACUUUGGAUGAAUUUCUUUCGCACCGAGUAUGGUCGCGCUCCCUAUCCCUGGGAAGUCAAUGAGUAUCGAGGGUUAUUGCCUAUGUACCGCCGCCACUGCUUGUCAAGGCUUGGGAAGUCCUUUUUGAGAUUUGGUGCGCCUCUGCAUCGGAUGAAAGGCAUCAUGUCUACUGCAGCGGCUGCGAUGGAAGUCCACGAAUCCAGCAAGUUCAUUUUCCUUCCAAAUACCAUUAUCACUGCUUUCGAUGAUGAGGCAUCACUUCGAGGCUCGGAGCUGAAAGUCUCGAAGGUGAACCCAAGACUGGACCUGGGGAGGCUCUCUUCAACGUAUGAUAUUUACAAGGCAAUCACCCAUGGCCGCAUGUGCGCAAAGGAAGCGGCUGAUCGGCUUGGGGCCUUGCUGGAUGAGAACUUCAAACCAUGCUGGGGAAACGUGGCACGUUGUUUCUUUGGGUUUGCCCAAGCCUUCUUAGUCUGCCCGCUUGCGUUUUCCGGCUCUUUCCUCGAUAUGUGGGCCGCUGGCUUACUGGGACUCUUUGUUAACGUUCUCUCCGUUUUUGCCACGGAGAAGCUCUCUAUUUUCUCUACCGUUUUCGAAAUCGUUGCGGUGAUCAUCGUUUCGUUCGUGGCACGAGGGAUCAGCGCUAUUCGCAACAGCCAAUACUUCUGUUAUCAAGCAGUAUCAACUGCCGGGAUUGUCUCCCUUCUUCCCGGCUUCCUUAUCUUGUCUGCUGUCCAAGAGCUUGCGGCAAAGCGCGGACUCUCAGGCUGCGUCAAGUUUGUCUAUGUAAUAGUAUACUCCUUGUUCCUAGGAUAUGCUUUAGAUUUUGGCUCUGAGUUCUACCUUCUUAUCGAUCACAAUGAAGGAAGAUUGCGGGAUGUGGCAGUCCAGGCAGCAAAAGUGUCGAACAUAGUCCACGGGUCAUUUUCUCAGCCACACAGACAGACAUCAGCAGUUCCAUGGACAUCAGGAAGGUUCACUGCCGAGGCGUUGUCCACACCCCUUACUAUAUCCCAAAAUCAUUUCCUUGCGGAUACCUGCUAUAGGAGCCACACCUUCCCAUGGUAUUUGCAACCGUUUCCAUGGUGGACGCUCUUCAUUCUCGUUCCUCUAUACUCCAUCGCCACGGCGUUCCGUAAUUUCCAGCCUCUGCAUUCCACCUUCAAGAAGAACAAGACGCUCGUAGUUAUGAUAGCUAUAUCAUGUAUGAGCUAUGCUGCAAAUCGUGCGUCAUUCACGUACUUGAUGCGCUCCGAUUCUGUGACUGCUGUGGGUGCUAUUGUCGUGGGCCUUCUUGGGAAUCUGUAUUCUCGUCUUGUUGGUGGUCAAGCCUACCCUGCUAUGGUGCCCGGGGUUCUGUUCCUUGUGCCGAGCGGCAUCCCUUCAGGCAGUGCAGAUUCGUACACGGGGAAGGAUAUUACGGUCCGCAUCCUGCAAGUCUCAAUUGGCAUUACGACUGGAUUCGGACUAUCGAAUUACCUUAUAUACGCGAGUUCGUGGAAUUGGACCAAGAGGCUAAGGCCCAAGGAAAUGGACCGGAAAUGGCAAAGGAAAGGUCCAAAACAAGCCAUUUUCGCCUUUUAAUUUGUCCGUGUGCUUUGUGUCCGCAUCCCCUUUCCUGCAAGUGAUCUGAGGGAGCGCCCCAGCACCUGUAGUAGUCACUAUAUUACAGAAACUUAGUACAUUUCACAUAAAAUCAACUCCUUUGCAUUAUAUCCUUCAGUCUUCCCAAACAAUGCAUC